GUGUACUACCUGCCCGACUCCAGCGUGCGGCAGUUCAAGGAGCUGACAGAGAUGGAGGUGGGCAGCAGCCACUCCUGCGUGGCCGUGCUGGACAACUUUGUCUACAUUGUGGGAGGACAACACCUGCAGUACCGCAGCGGGGAGGGAGCCGUGGACAUCUGCUACCGCUACGACCCACACCUCAACCAGUGGCUUCGCAUCCAGGCCAUGCAGGAGAGCAGGAUCCAGUUCCAGCUCAACGUUCUCCACGGCAUGGUCUACGCCACGGGCGGGAGGAACCGCUCGGGGAGUUUGGCCUCGGUGGAGAAAUAUUGCCCCAAGGACAACGAGUGGACCUACGUGUGCUCCCUGAAGCGCAGGACGUGGGGUCACGCCGGGGCCACGGUGGGAGACAAGUUGUACAUCUCAGGUGGGUAUGGAAUCUCAGUAGAGGACAAAAAAGCUCUGCACUGUUACGACCCCGUUACGGAUCAGUGGGAGUUUAAGACCCCGAUGAAUGAACCCAGAGUGUUACAUGCCAUGGUCAGUGCCAACAACAGGAUUUAUGCCCUGGGAGGUCGUAUGGACCACGUGGAUCGUUGCUUUGACGUGUUGGCCGUGGAGUAUUACGUGCCUGAAACAGAUCAGUGGACCACGGUGAGCCCCAUGCGUGCUGGGCAGUCUGAGGCUGGUUGUUGCCUGCUGGAGAAGAAGAUUUACAUUGUAGGAGGUUACAACUGGCACCUGAACAAUGUGACAAGCAUUGUCCAGGUCUACAACACAGAGACUGAUGAGUGGGAAAGGGACUUGCACUUCCCAGAGUCUUUUGCUGGGAUAGCAUGUGCUCCUGUUAUCCUCCCACAGGUGACAACCCAGAGGUAA